ACACAAACAAAUAAUAGUAACACUUUCAAAGUAACCAGCAAUUGUGCUUUUUUCCUCCACUCCCCGAACAUGCAUUCAUCUGGGUAUCUAAACAGAGGAUAGCAAAUCUCCAGGUUUUUCGUUUCUUUUCUGUGAUGAUUAGAGGGGAAAGUUAAAUAAUUAAAAAAAAAUCCAGGAACAAAGUGGAUUCAUUGAACCUGGACAUUACUUGGUUUCUUGCUUCUCUUCAGGUGAAUUAGCUGUUCUUAUCUAGCAUGGGUCAUUCUAGUGUUGAGGCAGAAGAAACAAAAGAGAUGGAUAUCAGAAGUUUUUCAUCCUCGCGACACAACCAAACGCCCUAUAUUCACAAGGUUGGAGUCCCCCCAAAACAGGAUAUAUUCAAGGAGUUUAAGACUACUGUGAAGGAAACGUUCUUUGCAGACGAUCCACUGCGUUGCUUUAAGGAUCAACCAAGGUCAAGGAAGUUUGUCCUUGGUUUACAGGCUAUAUUUCCAAUACUAGAAUGGGGUAGAAGCUAUAAUUUUGCUAAAUUCAGAGGUGAUCUUAUCGCUGGUCUCACCAUUGCAAGCCUUUGCAUUCCUCAGGACAUUGGCUAUUCAAAGCUUGCAAAUUUAGCUCCUCAGUAUGGAUUAUACUCCAGCUUUGUUCCGCCUCUGAUUUAUGCCUUCAUGGGCAGCUCGAGAGAUAUAGCCAUAGGGCCUGUGGCUGUUGUCUCACUCUUGUUAGGUACUCUACUCCGGAAUGAAAUUGAUCCGACUACAAAUCCACAUGAGUAUCUGAGGCUUGCAUUUACAGCUACCUUUUUUGCUGGCAUUACUCAGGCUACUCUUGGGAUCCUAAGAUUGGGCUUCUUAAUUGACUUCCUAUCUCACGCUGCUGUUGUUGGCUUCAUGGGUGGUGCUGCAAUUACGAUUGCACUUCAGCAACUUAAAGGGUUUUUAGGCAUAAAGAAGUUUACUAAGAAAACAGAUAUCGUAUCUGUAAUGAAAUCAGUGUUGCAUUCAGCCAACCAUGGAUGGAACUGGCAGACAAUUCUCAUUGGAGCAACCUUUUUAACUUUCCUUUUGUUCGCAAAGUACAUUGGUAAGAAGAACAAAAGGCUGUUCUGGGUACCUGCAAUUGCGCCGUUGAUUUCUGUCAUUCUUUCCACCUUCUUUGUCUACAUUACUCAUGCUGAAAAAAAGGGAGUCGCGAUUGUAGGACACAUUGAGAAAGGAAUAAAUCCUCCUUCAGUCAAGGAAAUAUAUUUCACUGGUGACUAUCUCUUAAAAGGGCUUAGGACUGGUAUUGUAGCUGGCAUGAUUGCAUUGACGGAAGCUGUUGCAAUUGGAAGAACCUUUGCUUCAAUGAAGGACUACCAGUUGGACGGAAACAAAGAGAUGGUGGCACUUGGAGCUAUGAAUAUUGUUGGCUCAAUGACUUCCUGCUAUGUAGCAACAGGUUCCUUCUCUCGCUCAGCCGUAAAUUACAUGGCUGGCUGCCAAACUGCAGUUUCCAACAUUGUCAUGUCUGUUGUCGUGUUCCUAACUUUGGAAUUCAUAACCCCUCUUUUUAAAUAUACUCCGAAUGCAAUCCUUGCUGCCAUCAUUAUCUCUGCCGUACUUGGUUUAAUUGACUAUGAAGCUGCAAUUUUGAUUUGGAAGAUUGACAAAUUUGAUUUUGUCGCUUGCAUGGGGGCAUUUUUUGGCGUGGUUUUUGCCUCUGUUGAGAUUGGUCUUUUAAUUGCGGUCACAAUAUCAUUUGCUAAGAUUCUCCUCCAAGUCACAAGGCCGCGAACAGCUACUCUUGGUAGGAUACCCCGGACAAAUGUAUAUAGAAACAUUCAGCAAUACCCUGAGGCAACAAAAGUUCCUGGUGUAUUGAUUGUGAGAGUAGAUUCAGCUAUAUACUUCUCAAACUCUAACUACAUAAAGGAAAGGAUAUUGAGAUGGUUAACGGAUGAGGAAGAACAACUAAAAGCAGCUGGCCUUCCUAAAAUUCAAUUCUUGAUUGUUGAGAUGUCACCUGUUACUGACAUUGACACCAGUGGCAUCCAUGCCUUGGAUGAGUUGCUCAGAAGCCUAAAAAAAAGAGGUGUUCAGCUUGUUCUCUCGAACCCCGGAAGAGUGGUGAUUGACAAGCUACAUGCAUCCAAUUUUCCAAGUCAAAUCGGCGAGGACAAGAUAUUUCUCACAGUUGCAGAUGCUGUGCUAACCUGUUCACUAAAAUUGCCAGAAGAAGUUUAACAAUGUAAAGAAUGGAUGCAAAAGAAAAAAUCAACCAGAGCCAAAAUUGAAUAGAGUACAUAUAUAGAGUGAUAAAUAAAGGCACUGGAUUCUAUUUUUAGUGAGUGGUGGGAUCCUCAGAAAAGUGAUAUGAUACUAAUCCAAAACAGAUGGUGGUCCUAGCUAGCCAAUUGCGAUAAGGAGUUCUUAUUUGGUUUUUAAAGUUAGUACAUGUUAGCCAUGCUUUUAACUUUUAUGGUUAAAAUAUAGUCGUCCAUAAGAAUUCCCUUGUCUUCCUUGUUUAUGCUGCAGGCAAUUAUGUACUAAUUAAACUCCUCUUGUGAUCAUAAUCUGUAAAAUAUAUGAGAUGGUUCGCUGGCAACAUCUACAAAGCUAAGUGUUUUUAGUUUUAUUGUCA